AUGGAAGAAGGAUUCAAAGGAAAAGGAACGGCACAACAACAACAACCGAAAUGUCGCGUGUGCGCACAAAACGAAUCGCUCUACGCGUGCCCGAAAUGUAACUGCCGAUAUUGUUCUUCGAAAUGUUACCGCCUGCACGGCGACGGGACGUGCGUGGAAGCGUUUCACGCGGAGAGUUUAGCGCGGAUGAUGAAGAAUGAAAAACAUUUCGAUGGGGAUUCCGAGGACGAGGAGGAGAAGAAGAGAGAGAUGGAAGCGAUGGUGAUGGAGUACGAGAGGCACGUGGAGAAGGACGAGAGGGAGAUGAGGACGAGGUUUGGUUUGGAGGCGAAAUCGUUUUCGCCGUCGUCCUCCGACGACGAAGAAGAAGAAGACGAAGAAAAAGAAGAUGAAGAUGAAUACUGCACUUUAUCCGCGAAACUCAUGCGCGCGUACUUGAAAGAAGAAGAAGAUAAUAAAUUCUCCGGAAUUUCCGAGCGCGACUUCGCCGCGAGCGAUAAGAAGCGUUUGGAGAGAAUGUUGCGAAAAGGAGAGAUUCGAGUCGAACCGUGGCGAGCGUGGUGGACGAUAGACGACGACGACGAGGUGUUACUGCGAGACGACGGAACGGCGAAGAUUGUCGCGCUUAAUGAUGAUACCAAUAAUAAUGAGGACAAUGAUAAUGGUUAUCAUCCAUCGUCGGUUUUGGGAUUUCCGUCGCCGCCGACGGAACCGCUGCCGUCCUACUGGUCUCUUUUACCGCCUACUAAAAGGACUUUGAAGAAAGUAUCGGCAAAGCAAAGAAACGUCUUUCGCGAAAGAGUCGCCGGCGCGAUUACUUUAUACGCAAUCAUAGCUCGCGCGUUUAACGGCGAUCACGCGUGUUUCGACGCCGCGGCGACGUAUUUGAUGCAUCAUCAUCAUCAUCAUAAUGAUACUAAUAAGAAUAACAACGAAGAAGAAGAUAAAGAAGAAGAAGAUAAAGAAGAAGAAGAAGAAACGAACGAUUCCGUCAACGCUCUUUUAGCUCUCCACGUGUCUGCGGUCAUCAAUGCACACACGCUCGUGCCGAGUGGAUUAUUCUACGACGCCUCGAAAUCGGGCAAAGUUGCGAAGAAUUUAGAAUCCGACGCGUACGCGAUGUUGCGCUCGCGCUCGAAGAGAGUCCUCGCGAUGGAAGAUUUACGGUCGAUGUUUCGCAAAGCGAUCGAAGACUCUUAUUACGACGACGAUGAUGAUGAUACUACUAAUAAUAAUAAUAAGAAGAAGAAGAACAAAGAGUUCCGCUCGAACUGUCGCAAGAUGGAGCGAAAGUUAUUCUUUGCCGAGUGUUUCGCGAACGUUACGGACGAAGAGUUCUUCGCGGCGAAUUCGGUGGCGGAUGAUGAAGCGGACGCGGAAGCAGCCUUGAUGAAAGUCUCCUCCUCGUCAUCCUCGUACCCGAAAGAAAUCCAACUCACGACGUCGACGGAGCACAACAAAAUCGUCUCCAACGCGUACGCGUUCGACGCGAAUUCCGAAAACAUCUGUUUCGACGUCCGAUCGCACGUCGGCGGUCACGUCUUUGACGGCGAUUUGAUCCAACUCGUUGACGUGAAUACGAAAGAAGUCAAAACGGUGUUACGAACCGCACACGAAGCGAAGUGUGGCGUCGCUUUGUUUCAUCCGUUUGAUGAGAACGUUUUGUGUUGCAUCGUCGGUCCCAGACAUCCGACGGAAGAGUGGGCGUACUGCGCGCAUCAUCGCCGAGGAUACGUCAUCGAUUUAUCGGAAGAUUCGAAUGUUGAUUCCUCGUCGUCCUCGAACGCACAACAGUUAAACUCCUCUAGGUCGCUUUCAUCGAAUUUAGAAGCGCGAGAUUUAGUCAGUCCGUUCACGAAAGGCGCUUUGCGAGGCGGCACGCACGUCCACGCGUUCUCGCCGGACGGCACGUUGGUGAGCAUGACGUACGAGGACGCGAUUUUAGCGGACGCUACGGACGUGAACGUCUCGAGACGCAACGCUCGGAACAUCGCGGUGACGAUUUAUAAAGACAUCGUCGAAAUCGAUAAAUCGAGAAACGACCGGAACGUUUCCGGCGGGUUCACCGUGUGCGUGACGGAAACGACUCCGGAUCCAACUCUCGGUUCCGACGAAAUCUCUCGAGCGUACGAAGAUUGUUGGAUGGAUUCGAGGACGUUAUCGUUCUUGGGCGACUGUCGAGACGAGCGCGGGAACGUGCGCACGGAAUUGUUCGUGGUGGAGUUACCGCGAGACGUGGAGAAGUUAAAAGAAGAAGAAGAGAAAGAAGAAAGAUUACUUCAAGGCACGCUCACUUCCUAUCCGAAACCGCCGAAAUCGGUCAAGCAAAGACGCGUGACGCGGUCCAGCGGUUGUCAAGGUUCCGUUCGAUUUUGGCCUCGAGCGAAUCCCGCGGAUUCGAACGUCGUUUGCAUUUUACUUCGAGACGAAAAAGCAUCCUUCCAGUUACACCUGGUCGACGCAACCACCGGCGAAAUCGAGCAACUUUCCUUUCUCAAAGACGGCGAAGAAGUCAACUCUGCCUUCUCGUGGUCGCCGGACGGCCUUUACGUCUGUUUCGCGACGAGUACAAACCGAAUCGCUCGGACGUUUACGCGCGGCGGCGCGAGGAAAUAUCAGACGGAAUAUUUAACCCCUCCUCCAAGAACCACCAACGACGAUAAUAAAAUCCGCCCAGAGUGCGUUUGCGUCUCUCCGAACGGAAAGUUCGUCUGUUUCCUCAAAACAACAACAACAUCAUCGCCAACAAAAAUCGUCUGUAACGUCUCAGAAGACAAAGAAGAAGGAAAAGGAAAAGGAAAAGGAAGUGAGCACCCCGACGCGAAGAAGAAAAUCCUCGUCAACCAAAUCUUCCUCCUCGAGCUACCACUAAACAACAACGAGAUCGACGAUGAAAACGAAAAGAAACCAACGUCCGAAUAG